AUGCCUUUCUUCACAUCAUGGAACAAAGCUAUUGUCAUCAUUCUCUUGGCAUUUCCACUUUAUUCUGCAAAAUUCAGCAAACAAAAUGUAAAACACAAUGAUCCUUCAAAAAUAAAAGAAGUUCUGCAUCAUUAUUGCACUAAGCCGAACUGUACUUUGUUUAAAGAUGUUGUAAUUGUAUGCACUGCCAUAUGGGAUCCAGUCUGUGCAACCAAUUCUCAAACUUACAUCAAUGAAUGCACUUUCUGCAAGGAUGUGAUUUUCAUCUAUGUAUUGAUUACAGAAACUUCCUUUUUACCUUCCCGAGAGCGUGUAGAACCGCCUAACUGCUUUGUGUAUAUAGAUCAUCUGAAUGCUUGCAAGAACAUAAAGGAUCCAGUCUGUGCAACUAAUGGUCAAACUUAUAACAAUGGAUGUAUUUUCUGCAGUAAAAUGAUAGAAAGUGGUGGCGCAUUUGAAUUUGAUCAUUAUGGCAUCUGUGAAUCUUGA